GUGAUGACUCCGAAUGUGAUGCUGACAAUAAUGGUUCUGUAUGGAGAGGUCGGUUUUCAUUUAUCAGUGACGCCACUUAUGCGGCGGUGCCAAACCCUGGUCAUGCAUUUAGUGAGGUAGCGUCGUUAGCCACAGAGAUGUCAAAACAACUGUUUCUGCUGAAAAGAUACGUGUCUCAGUUACCAGAAGGUGGUUGUUGUGAUCUUUCGGUGUGUGUUGAUGAAGGACCCUCUGAAACAAAUAAUUUUGUGCUGAAUCCUGAAUCAGAUUGUGAACCAAUAGUAAGUGCUGGCUCCCCUGUAAAUCAGGUUGGUGGUUGUGGGGGUGUUGGUGGUGAUGGUUGUUGUGAUCUUUCGGUGCAUGUUGAUGAAGGACCCUCUGAAACAAAUAAUUUUGUGUUGAAUCCUGAAUCAGAUUGUGAAUCAAUAGUGAGUGCUGGCUCCCCUGUAAAUCAGGUUGGUGGUAAUGGUGCUGAUGGAGGUGUUGAGGAGUCUGCAGACUCAUCUUCUAAUUCAACAGAUGAUGUCGAUGGGCAUGAACAUGUUCAGUUCAGAGACGUACCCGCAUUCAAUUCCUUUGAAUUAAGACAACACAUUGAUUUGAGAGACAUCAAUCCUGAUAAUGUGGAUCAGGUACCCGUACGGGUCAGAAAUAGUGCAGUGUGA